AUGUCCCCCUUAGUCCUAUUGAUCACCUUGAGUGUAUCAUUCGUUUUACUUGGCUUGAGAGUAUGGUUUACCAAUGCACGCGCGCCUCACCAAUUGCCACCAGGACCACCAGGGCACUUUCUGUAUGGUAAUUUACGAGAGUUCAAGUCACCGCAGCGCUGGAAGAUAUUUACCAAAUGGCGAGAGCUCUAUGGUGGCCUAGUUCAUAUCAGAGUCUUAAGGCGAUCCGUGGUCAUUGUCAACGACUUUCAAUCCGCUGUCGGAAUCCUCACAAAGCAGUCUGGAGCCACAGCUGGACGACCGCGGUUUGUCAUGGCAUGUGAACUUAUGGGAUUUGACACUGCAACUGCUACCUCACAGCCCAAUGAGUUUCACAGAAAAAUGAGACGAUAUAUGGUCCCAGCGCUUCACCCCCGGAACUUUUCCGAGCGUCACCCAAUCGUUGCUGAAGAACGUGACAUGCUGUUGAAAAAGCUGGAGUUUGCUCCAUGGGACUUCUCUCAGCAUCUUCGACGUGCUGUAGCCUCUGUCGUUCUUCGCUUCGCUUACUCCCAUACAGUAGCCGAAGACCAUGAUCCAUUAGUUGAGCUCAUUAAUAAGUCGCUGGAUUCUGUAUCCGUCGCCUUGUCAAGCACAUACCUAGUUGAAUUCUUGCCGAUACUGAGGUAUAUUCCUCAGUGGUUCCCUGGGGCUAAAUUCAAGGCUCAAGCUAGGGAGUGGGCAAAGAUUAGGCGCGAAUCCAUCGAGGCUCCCUUCUUGGUGGUCCGGGGUAAAAUGGAGCGGGGUGUAAUUGAACCUUCAUUCCUGCAGCGGUUGUUAGACAAGCGUUCGCAAUCAGAAGGUUGGGACAGCGAGCGAGUCCAGGCCAUGAAGUAUGCUGCUGGGUCACUGUAUACGGCAGGCUCCGACACGGUGGGCGUCCUUCAAAGAUCUCGAAUUUAUCGUCGCACAUUUGUCUUGACAAUGUUGCUUUUCCCGGACAAACAACGGAAAGCUCAGCAAGAACUAGACACCGUAUUGGGUCCUGGUAGAAUGCCCGAACUUCAUGACAGAGAUUCCCUUGUCUAUGUAGGUGCCCUAGUAAUGGAAGUACUGCGGUGGCAUCCGGUUCUGCCCCUAGCUAUCGCUCAUGUCGCUACUGAGGAUGUAAUUCAUGAAGGUUACAAAAUUCCCAAAGGAACUACUCUAUUACCCAACAUUUGGAGUAUGUCGAGAGACGUGACCAUGUACCCAAGCCCUAAUGAGUUCUUACCGGAGCGUUUCCUUCCUAAAUCUUGUGGCGGUUUACACGAUCAACCAGCAGUAGAUCCCAACGAUUUCGUAUUUGGCUUUGGCCGUCGUGUCUGCCCUGGUCGAACUUUAGCUACCGAAAGUCUAUGGUUAUUUGCUGCUUCGAUCUUGACCAGGUUUGAAAUUCUGCCCUGGGUUGACGAGGUCACUGGGCUUCCUGUUCCCCCAGAAGGAACAUACAGAGACGGUACAAUUGCACAUCCGCAGCCAUUCAAGUGCAACUUCAAGCGCCGACGUCCGGAGGUUUAA